CCUCCUGAGUUCAGGGAUUACAGGCAUGCUUUACCACGCCCGCUUGGUGCAGGAGUACCAUUAAUUAUUAAAGAGAUGCUGUCAACCCUGUCAGGAGAGUUUAAUGUUUACUCUGAAGCCUGAGGAACUAAAGUGUUUUUCCCUGGGCUCUGUAGGUGGUUUUGCUCUGACAUUUGGUGAAAUGAAACAAAAGACACAAGGGAGGGGGACUGUGUGAUUUUUUUUUUGGUGUGUUUUUUUGCCUGAUUUUUGUGACUGUGUCAGUGUGUGGAGCUGCCAUGCAUUUCCUGUUGGUGUCAGGCCAAGCCUGGGAGAGGUUGGUCUGGGAAUGAGGAGGUGGAGGCUUCAAGGGGCUGCUGUGCUUCCCCUCCCUCAUCUCAUCCUUGUCCCUGAGGAAGUUGGGUUCCCACUCCCGUAUGGCCCUAGGCCCCCCGGAGGCCCAGCCUUCCCCAUCUCUGGACUCUGCCCAGAGAUUUCUGCUGAAAUGACAAGGCGAGGCCCAGCAUAAGCAGGUUGGACCCAGCCUGGCCCUGCAAUUGCCCGCGCGGUGCCCGAAGCUACCUGUCACCAGACGUCUGGACAGUUUGGCUCAUGGCAGACGGCGCACCCAUCCCGAGGCAGGCCACCUCCCUCACACCCGUGGCCCUCGGCCUGGAGAACAUGGGGGCUGAGCUCUUGGAGAGAAUGGAGGAAGGCCGGCUCGCUGGUGGUGACUGGAAGCCUGCACCAGGCGCGCAGAGUGAGGACGGCUGGAGCACAGCGGGGUCCAAGCCCUCCUCACGAUGGCCUCUCCCCAGGAGGAGCCUGCAGCCAGUCCAGAGAGCCAGAAGCUUCUGCCAGGAGCACGCGCAGCUGUUUCGAUGGAUCGGCACAGGCCUGCUCUGUACUGCGUACGCGGCCUUCCUGCUGGUCGCCUGCCUCCUGGACAUGCAGAGGGCCCUGGCGCUGCUUGUCCUCACCAGUGUGGCCCUGGUCUUCCUGGCCUACAGCCUGCUGAAGAGGCUUCUGGGGCCGAGGCUGGGCAGGUGCCCGGGGCUCCGGUGCGUGGGGCUCCCCAGACGUUCCUGUCUGAACCUCUGGCUUAAAAGGGGUCUGGCGCUGGCUGCCAUCCUGGGCCUGGUCUUGUGGCUCUCUCUGGACACAUCCCAGCGGCCCGAGCAGUUGGUCUCCUUUGCAGGGAUCUGCGUGUUCAUCGUCUUCCUCUUUGCCUGCUCCAAGCACCACGGUGCCGUGUCCUGGCGGGCUGUGUGCUGGGGCCUUGCGCUGCAGUUUCUGCUUGGACUCUUUGUCAUCAGAACAGAGCCCGGAUUUGUUGCCUUCCAGUGGCUGGGGGAACAGAUCCAGGUCUUCCUGAGCUACACUGAGGCAGGCUCCAGCUUUGUAUUUGGGGAGGCGCUGGUCAAGGAUGUCUUUGCCUUUCAGGUCCUCUGCUCUCUGUCAGGUCUUGCCCAUUAUCAUCUUCUUCAGCUGCGUCAUGUCGGUUCUCUACUACAUUGGCCUCAUGCAGUGGGUCAUCCUGAAGCUCACUGGCACACCUCACGAAGGCCACCUGCUCCCUUCCAGAUUGCCUGGCUGAUGCAGCUCACCAUGGGGACCACGGCUACAGAGACCCUGAGUGUGGCAGGAAACAUCUUUGUGAGCCAGACCGAGGCUCCUCUGCUGAUCCGGCCCUACUUGGCUGACAUGACGCUGUCAGAGGUGCACGCUGUCAUGGUGGGAGGCUACGCCACCAUUGCUGGCAGUCUGCUGGGUGCCUACAUCUCUUUUGGGAUCGACGCCGCCUCUCUCAUCGCAGCGUCUGUGAUGGCAGCCCCUGGUGCCCUAGCUCUCUCCAAGCUGGUCUACCCCGAAGUGGAGGAGUCCAAGUUCAGGAGUGGGGAAGGGGUGGAGCUGAGCUCCAGAGGUGCUCAGAACCUCGUGGAGGCAGCCAGCAGUGGGGCCGCCAUCUCAGUCAAGGUUGUGGCCAACAUUGCCGCCAACCUCAUCGCCUUCUUGGCUGUCCUGGCCUUCAUCAACGCUGCCCUCUCCUGGCUGGGUGACAUGGUGGACAUCCAGGGGCUCAGUUUCCAGCUCCUCUGCUCCUAUGUCCUGCGGCCCGUGGCCUUCUUGAUGGGCGCUGCCUGGGAGGACUGUGCGGUGGUGGCCGAGCUUCUGGGCAUCAAGCUGUUUCUCAACGAGUUUGUGGCCUACCAGCAGCUCUCGGAGUACAAGCAGCGCCGCCUGGCGGGGGCUGAGGAAUGGGUCGAUGGCGCCAAGCAGUGGAUCUCUGUGAGAGCAGAAAUCCUUACCACGUUCGCCCUCUGUGGAUUUGCCAACUUCAGCUCCAUUGGGAUCAUGCUGGGAGGCCUGACCUCCCUGGCCCCCCAGCGGAGGAGCGACUUCUCCCAGAUUGUGUUGCGGGCGCUGCUUACAGGGGCCUGCGUGUCCCUCGUGAAUGCUUGCGUGGCAGGAGUCCUGUAUGUGCCCAGGGGGCCAGAGGUGGACUGUGUGUCCCUCCUCAACAACACCCUCAGCAGCAGCAGCUUUGAGGUGUAUCAGUGCUGCCGUGAGGCUUUCCAGAGCAGCCUGGAGCUUGGCCCGGCGCUCAGCCCACAGGCUCUGAGCAACUGCUGCCGCUUCUACAACCACACGGCCUGUGCCUAGCUGGGAGGUGGCCGCCCCUUUUUCCUGUGCAGCCCAGAAAGCACCUGUCCUUGCCUUCCCCUUAGCCCCUCCUCCAGGAGCCCCCCCCACAUCUGUCCCCACCUACAGGUGGGAAGGACCCAUGGGGUGAGUGGCAGAGGAGAGGAGCCAAAGGAUGCUCCCUCUCCUGCCCCGCCCCUGUCCCCCAUCCACUCAGUUUGGAAAACACUGGGUGAAAUAAAGUUAGGGCUGGGUUUGUUCUCUUGAUUUU